AAAAUAUUCAAUUUUACACCGAUUUUCAAUUUAUUUCCAACAAAUUUCAUCAAAAUGACCGAAGUUACCGAACAACAACCCGAGAAAGUUGAAGAGGUUGCAAAGGAAACUCCUGCCGAAGAAACCACCGAAACACCGGCCGACAAUGGCAGCACCGACGCCGCCACCUCUGCCACCGAGGGCAACACCACCGAUUUGGAAAAGAAAAUCAUGAGACAAGUUGAAUAUUAUUUUGGCGAUGCCAAUUUGAAUCGUGACAAAUUCCUGCAGGAUCAAAUUGCCAAGGACACAGACGGUUGGGUACCCAUUUCUGUGUUGCUGACUUUCAAGCGUUUGGCUUCGUUGAGUUCGGAUGCCAAUGUUAUUGCCGAAGCAUGUGCCAAAUCCGAUGAGGGUUUGGUUGAGGUCAGUGAAGAUAAGUCCAAGAUUAGACGUCACCCGGAACGACCAUUGCCCGAACACAAUGAGGAGAGACGCAAGGACAUUAUGUCACGUACCGCCUAUGCUAAAGGUUUUCCAUUGGACUCGACAAUGGAUUUGUUGUUGGACUACUUUGCCGCCUACGAAAAGGUUGUACACAUCAACAUGCGCAAAUAUUUGGAUAAGCCCACCAAGACAUACAAGUUCAAGGGUAGUGUCUUUGUGACAUUCGAAAAGAAGGAACAGGCUGAGGAGUUCAUUGAAAAGGCCAAUCCCAAAUACAAGGACACCCAAUUGAUUGUGAAAUGGCAAGAAAAAUACAUUGAGGAAAAGCGCGAAGAACAAAAGGCUAAGACCAACAAAAAGAAGGAGAAAAAGGAAAAGGAGGAAGAAAACAAAAUUAACCUGCCCAAGCGUUCAGUAUUGUUCUUCGAUGGUGCCAAAGAUGAUCUCUCACGUGAAACCAUUAAGGAAGCCAUACAAAAGGUGUCCAGUGAUUGGGAUAUUGCCUAUGUUGAAUUCAAUAAGGGUGAUAAGUCCGGUCAUGUUCGAUUCCAUGAAGAGGACUCUGCUGUUAAAUUCCUGGAAAAGUUGGAAGAUAAGAAAUUGAAAAUCAACGAUGAUCUUACCCUCGAAGUUCGCACCCUCAGCGAAGAAGAAGAGACAGCCUUCCUCGAAAAGGCCGUUGAAAACAUGAAAAAUCGUCGCAAUCAUUUCAAUCAAAAGAAAGGUGGUUUCAAUCGUAAACGUCGUGGUGGUCACAAUGAUCGUAACGAUGAAAAGAAAGCCAAGGCCAGCGAUGAAUAAAUGUG